AUGGAGGAUAACAGGAGCUCAGGAGGAUCUCAGGAGAUGAGGAGGCCAGUAAUGAAGAUUAGGAAGGUGGGUAUGGCCUCCUCUCCUUUUAUCCUCCUGGUUGUAGUUGGUGAAAGCAGACACAAUGGCUGCAACAGAUGGGGGUUGAACCUGCAACCCUCUGGUUAUGGGGCGGACACUCAACACCUCUGCCACUGUCGCUACAAAUGUUCUACAGAUGUUUUUAAUCAAUGUCUUUUAACAGCUGCCUUGAGGUUAUCUGCAACACGUUCUCACACCCAAAAGCGUCUAAAACUGAUUACGGGUGACCAAGCGUUUGUUUCAGACGUGAUGUGCCAGAACAUCACUUUUCGACGCCCGCGCUGGCAUAAGAGCGGGCGUUUCCAGAGGAUGCCGGCGAGUAUAAAAUCUGAGCCUCGUGUGUUUGAGUCCAGACUCAGAACACGAGAAAAGACUGAGCAGACAGACACUCUAACAAAGAUGGCUGAACUCCAGCAGAGCUACAACCAGCAGGGUUUCCUGUCUCCUCUGUCCGUGCUGAAUGAGAUGGAGCUGAGGGAAGCCAGAGACGCCUUUGCUAAGCUGGAGGAUGAAUUUGGUAAAGAGUACACUCAGUACAGCCUCCACAACAUUCACCUCCAGUAUCCCUGGGAGAUGAGCCUGACCAAACAUCCCCGUAUCCUGCAAGUGAUCCAAGCUGUCCUGGGCCCAGACGUCCUCCUGCUGGACUCUCGUUUCAUCUGUAAAUACCCGAUUCUCAAACCAGCCAACAUCCUGGAGAAUGAAGGAAAUCCGACCAAGUCUGAUGGGGAGAACGGUCUUCCUUACGUCGCCUGGCAUCAGGAUAUGAGGUAUUGGGGAAUUGCUGGUGGUCCGGUCCUCUCUGUGUGGCUCGCUCUUGAUGACUCACAGAAGGAAAACGGAGCCCUUCAGGUUAUUCCAGGAAGCCACCGCUCUGGCAUGCUACCCCAUCGCCAAGCUACCCGCUCUGGAAACAUGCUGUCGGUCAACCAGGAGAUCCCAGAGGAGCUGGUUCAGGUGGAGGAGACUGUGUUCUGUCCUCUGAAAGCUGGACAGAUGUCUAUUCAUGAUGGAUUUCUUGUCCAUGCAAGUGAUCCCAACACGUCCCGGAGGAGGCGCUGUGGCUUUGUGAUCCGUUAUGUUCCCACCUGUGCAAACCCCAUUCAGGAUCCUGAUCGACCCAGGAAGUUUCAUGCAACAAUGUUGGCUUGUGGAGAAGACCAGUUCAAUCAUUUCUCCAACAAAAGCUCAUGAAGGAUCAACCAUGUGGCUGGCAGCAGUCGUUCAUCAAAGUCUUUUCUGUGUUUAUCACCAUCUCAUUGAUUUAAGUUACUAACUAUGAUGAUGAACUGAAUUGUCUCUGAAACAUAUAAACAACCCUGCUGUUUUAUAUGGUUGAAAAAGUAGCUUUGUUACAAACAUAAAAGCACUUUCUUACAUUUAUAGUGGAUCUUGUUUCAUAACGUAAAUAAGCCGUGAACAUGCUUAGAUGUGGAAAGUAAAAUGUAACGUUUUCCAGGGGAUUAGGAGGCAUUACAUUCAUGUGUUCAAGUAAAUUAUAAUUUCUUUGUUAACCUCUGUAUUUAUUCAUGACUGCUGGUGUUUUACCAUGAGCACACAGAGCCUAGUGAAACACAUAUACUUUAUAUUAGAUGA